AUGAGACUGAACCCUUUCCAAGCCAAAACUGCGCCCAGUAGCUCCAUCCACGCCGCGCUAAGCAGCGUAUUCAACACAGCAGAGCCUGAAAGGCCCGCUAAAAAAGAAAAAAUCGAAGAAGUGACAGAAGAGACGGCAGAAAUAGACGAAAAAAACAUACUCAGCGCCCUGGCAACGCACAAAAAAGAAGAGAUAAAGGAGCCGUGGCUAUCUCCCAGUUCCAUCUGCAACUUUUUGAGAGCGUCGGUUGACGAGAUCACAAAAAACAGCCUUGAAGAAAAACUUGGCUCACUUCUGUACUACCAGACACCAGAGACACACAAAAUAAAAAAAGAUAGCAGCGACGCGUACAGUGCGAUAUUCAACAACUGGAGGAAAGGCCUGAGCGGGCUCUUUGCAGAGUACAGAAAAGCCAACGCAAAAAAAAGCGACUUUUCCUUCUAUGCGUACUCUGACAAAACAGUGUACCACUUUCACACAAAUGGCUAUAACGGGUGUGUGCAUCCAUGCUGCGAAGAUGCGGUAAUAUACUCCCUGCAUGUUCUGCCAACCGAUAAAUCUCUGAAUGAUCUUUUCGACAGCAAGUUUAAAAAAGAUAAGCAGGGGUGCUAUCUCUCGGGGAGAAGUGUUUUAUUUAUUCUCGACACAAUCAUAAACACAGAGGCAAGCACCGUGUGUGCACUGCCGCUUAUUCUGUCUAAACACCCAUUUAUCAACAGCAUACUGACUAAGCCUGCAGUGGUGAUAAAGUCAGAAAAGCGCUCAAAUAACAGCAUGUACAGAGUAUCCAUGAAAGGAUGGGCUCUAACAGAAGACAUUCUUAUGCUCAACGCAGCCAUGCACCUGGAAGCCAAGCAGACAGAUGAUAUCCAGUAG